AGCAAUGAUGAAUUACCUUCGCUAAGGCAGAAAAUGGUUGAGAAGUCGAAUAUAGCGAUGGUUCAGUUUCGCCAGAUAUGGGUGCAACGAACAAAUAAACUUCCAAGCAAAUACGAGGGUGAAAAAACUCUCCACGACAACUUGCCAACUUUGAAUUUCCAUAACACAUCAGCACCAGGACCUCCCGGCCACGCUGCUAAAUGUGCUUUGGACCCUCGAAAGGCAAUCAACGACUUCUUUCGAAAUUAG